CAGCACGGCUGCUCAGCACUGCAUGGCGCGGCGGCGUCUGGCCAACUGGACGUGGUGCAAUGGAUGGGCUCGCAUGGCAGCGUGGACUGGAGCGCCACUGACCACGAUGACCAGACAGCGUUGCACUAUGCGGCCUUCUACGGCCACCUGGAGGUUGUACAGUUCCUAGUGGAGAACGGAGUGCCGCUAGACGCGCCUGAUAAGUUUGGUCGCCUGGCACACUGCUCUGCCGCCAUUAAUGGCCACCUGGACGUGGUCGCGUAUUUGUUGGAGGAGUGUCCCAGUCCCAUUGAUAUUAAUGCGGUCGACGAGUAUGGAGGCACUUGUUUGCAUUGGGCGGCAUCGAAGGGACGCAAGGAGGUCAUCCAGUACCUUUGUAUGAAGGGCAUCGACAUCCACAUCACGAGCUAUGACAACAAGACGGCGUACCAGAUCGCGAAGGACAAACACAAGCAGAAGUGCGUGCAGUUUCUGAAGAGCUGGUACGAGACGUCACAGAAAUUCGUGCAUGCGGCGGAAGAGGGAGACGACGAAGAAAUUGCGCGAAUUAUCGCCGAUAUCAACGGAGCUUACCCUUUGCGGUUUAUGCGCGACAAGAACGGCAAAAACGCCAUGCACUGGGCUGCAGAGUUCGGACAUUUGUCUACUCUGAAACUCUUGAGCGAACACUUCGCUGUGUGGACGGACGUUGACAAGUUUGGCCGCAAUGCACUGCACAGUGCUGCGCUUGGAGGCAACAAGGAGUGCGCGUUUUGGCUCAUUCGAAAGGCUCAAGACUCGUCAGAGUUUCUUUCGUUGACUCUGACGAACAAGAGUCCAUCGCGCUGUGCAUUUGAAGCCGGCCACAGCUCUCUUGCUAAUUAUCUGCAAGCAUGGGAGGAAGGCAAUGACGACUACUCAACGAAUGACGAGACGUCAGCGUCGUUGCUGGAGCACGAUAAUGGCCGCUCUAUAGGCGAUGAAGAGGAAAACGUCGCUCCAAGAAGCAGAAACAUCGAGACCGUUUACAACUGGCUCAAAUUCUUCAAAAUGGAAGAAUACGCACAGAAUUUUGAGAAAGAUGGAUUCGAUACGCUGCGUGGUGUGGCUACUAUUGACGAGGAUGACCUUAUCGACAUGGAUGUGAAAAAGGGCCAUAGGCGCGUGGUGCUAUCUCAUAUCGAGGAGCUACGCAACCAAUUGACGUUGCUGGACGAAAACGCGGAAGUUGCUGGGAUGGAGCCCCUUUCAUCACCGACAAUAAGCAUGCUUCCACCCAUCACGAAGCAGUCGUCAAUGUCCAGUAUUGUUAGUGCGCCUGGUGCAGGAGGAGAGGCUAUUCCUCAUCGAACAGAGCGACGAGGAUCAAUCACAGCACCUCCCCCGCCAACAGACGUGUAGGUAGACAGCUCUCUGGUUGCCUUCUUUGUUCUCUUCUCUUCGAUGGAGGUUCCAGUGCCUGAAGAUGGGAAAGACAAGCGCAAGGUCGAGAUAUUGGAAUCUCGUCGAUGGUGGAGAUGACGGAGGAAGGAGAGCUUUAAUAUGUUUUUUGGGCGUAGCCUUUCUUAUAUGUUGGUUAUAACAUGUUAUUUUCCUCUCUCUGUUCCGGUGGUCCUGGAUCAGCGAGUCGACUUGUCGGCAAAUGGACUGCAGCCUGCCAUAGUGCAGUAAGUGUCGGCGAAUUUGGUGACAUCGCAGCUUCAAGAAGCAAGAUAACCAGGUAAGAAUCGUACUAGUAUUGAAUAACGGAAGAUAAGAGCUUGUGGAUGUAC